AUGGCAGUGUUGGCUGCCUCGGCACUUGACGUGAUGUCUUCGCCAGAGUCAAUUCAAAGCCCCUCUUGUAAAGCAUGGAGAAGUGUGGACUCCGAAUGCAGCACAGUAGCUCAGUCGUUCUCCCUAGCCUUCGAAGAAGACUCCGAGCCAAUUUCUGAAAAGAAAGCUCAAAAGCCCGAGACGUGCAUAAUCUUUGACUGGGAUGAUACUCUUUUGCCUACCAGCUUCAUAGAAGACGCUGCUCGGAUGUGUGCGCCCAGUUCUUCUCCAGCGCGGCGACGCGCGGGCGUCGGCCGUAGGGGUGCUAGCCGUGGGUUACCAGCGGAUUUCCCAUGCUACACUGCGAUUCAGGAGCACGGACAGCUCAUUGCAAAGGCUUUGCGGCUCGCCAAGAAAUGCAGUGACCGUGUUGCUAUAGUGAGCCUUUCAGAGCGGCCCUGGGUUUUUGAAUCAGCAGAUCAGUACCUACCAGGAUUGGACAUGGCCGAGCUUUUGAAAGAGCUGCAGAUCCCCGUCUACUACGCCCCAGAGCACGCUACUACUCGCUUUCCGCCAGCGGAGACUGCAGCUCUUGAACAUUCAGACCUCGGAUCGGAGGAUCUGAAUGUUACGAUGAAACGCAAUGCCAUGCUGGAGUUUCUCCAGCUUCACAUUGGCCAGAGCGACUUCGAUGGUUUGAACCUCAUCUCGAUUGGUGACUCGUUGGUGGAAAAGGAAGCCGCCCAGGCCUGCGCUCGUUUCGCAGACCUGGAGGGGAAGCCGAGCCUGUGCAAAACCAUCAAGCUGAUUGGGGAUCCCUCCCUGAAGCAACUGAAUGAGCAGCUAAAGACUCUUACGUCACAUAUUGAAACAGUUUGCACCUUGGCGCAGAUCUACAUUAGAGAAUUGACGGCACAGCGCCGACUUUAG